GUGAAAGAAGAAGAUUGUCCUGAGAGUAAAUAACAGGAGAAAUUGACUGAAAUAUGAGAAAUAUGGAGUUUGUUAAAGUGGAGAUUGACGACCUGAGUGAUCCAGAACCGUGUAUAAUUAAACAUGAAGAUACUGAGGAACAAACAGACUGGAUGGAAGUGAACCAGCAAGUACAUGAACUAAAUGAAGCAGAGGAUGAACGUUGUACCUUCCAAGCUCAAAGAACAAAAGCCAAAAAGCUGCACACCUGCUCACAGUGUGGAAAGAGCUUCACACACAAAGGAAAUCUUAACACACACGCAAGAAUGCACACUGGAGAGAAACCAUACACAUGCCAUCAAUGUGCAAAGAGCUUUACUCGUUCAUCAGGUCUCAGUAAACAUCUGCUCUGUCGCUCAGGAGUAAAGCCCUUUAUCUGUGAUCAGUGUGGAAAACAUUUCAUUUCGUCAUCAAAACUAAAAACACACCAGAAAGUUCAUUCAGAUGAGAAGCCUUAUGAGUGUUCUUACUGUGGAAAGAGUUUUUCACGGCUGGACAGUUGUAAGCUGCACCAGAAAACACAUAAUGAAGUGAGAGAUCAUGUGUGUUGUGAGUGUGGGAAGAGCUUUACUACAGCUAGUCAACUAAAACAGCACCAAAGAAUUCACACUGGAGAAAGACCUUACAAGUGCUCAUAUUGUGACAGGACUUUCACUCUUUCUGGAAACCUGAAAGCACAUGAGCGAGUUCAUACUGGAGAGAAGCCGUACUACUGUACUCAGUGUGGAGAGGGUUUCAUAAGCACCAACAAUCUCCGUUAUCAUCUGCACAUUCACUCUGGAGAAAGGCCAUUUAGCUGUGAUCAGUGUGGUAAAAAGUUUAAAUCGACAUCAAAUCUAAAAUGUCACAUGAAUGUUCAUACAGAUGAAAAGCCUCACUUGUGUUCUUUGUGUGGAAAGAGUUUUUCAAGACUGAACAGUUGUAAGAUGCACCAGAAAAUGCAUGAUGAUGUAAAAGAAUACGUUUGUUUGGAUUGUGGGAAGAGCUUUACUGCAGUUGGCCAGUUGAAACGGCACCAAAGAGUUCAUACUGGAGAAAAACCGUACAAGUGCUCAUAUUGUGACAAGAGUUUCACUGUGUCUGGAAAUCUGAAAGCACAUGAGCGAGUUCAUACUGGAGAGAAACCGUAUCACUGUACUCAGUGUGGAAAGAGUUUCACUCAGUCAAAGACUGUAGCGAUUCAUAUGGAAAAGCAUUGUUCUGUGUCAGAGUGAGCAAAUGUUUUUUUCAGAUUCAAAUACUUUUUCAAGUACGUGAGAUUCAGAUAAAGUAAAUGUGUAGUUUGUUAAAAUAAAGUGGUUUUGUUGGGGAACAGCAAAUUAUGACUUUAAUUUUGCAUUUAUGCAUUUUUAUUCUUUGAUUGAAAAUCCCCUUGUAAAGACUUAGACAAAGUCGUAAAACCGACAGGAAACAAAUGUAACAAAAACCAAGUUUGAAACGAUUCCCUCAGUUUGUGAGUUUUAAUUUGGAGUUUUCAAAUAAA